AUGCGUGAGUGGCAUGAGCAUGCCUGGGGGGCAGGGGGGGACUUGCAGCAAGCCUCGCAGCCGAAGGAGCUCGAAGAAUGCCCAUUAGAGCUCCGAGGGGCUGCUGAAACUUUUUGGGUCCUGUGGCAUGCCGGGGCGCGCGGCCGGAUGAGCUUGUUUCCUCCGGAAGCUGAGGCAACAGCCUUCACGACUCUCGAUGAACUCCGAAGGUGGUAUGGGUUGGCAGAUGAGCCCUGGCAGGCCUUUCAUAUGCAGGUGGGGCAGCCGGACAUGCGCAUUCUGAGCGCGCUGCCGGCAGAAGCUCUUACUGAAAACAUCAUGUUGACACGCGUGGGAGUGGCCGCUGCGGCCUUGUCACCAGCUCAUGCCGUCCAAAUUGGGUUGGUGUGGCGCUUAGCGUGCAGGAUCGUCCACACAAGAGGGGGGGGCAACUAUGCUGACUGGCAGGAUGUGGACCCCUGGGUCAAACGGGCAGUGGCCACGCCAGCUGCAGCUGCCGCCCAGCCGCCUGCCCUGAAAGAGCGGGGUAUCAAAAUGUCUUCGAUCAUCGACCAGUCAGAUGACAGCGAGUUCGUGCCAGAAAGUCUGGCGAAAGCUGAUGGUUGGUACCAGAGGUACCUCAAAAUCAUGGGAGGCCCGCCCCAGGAGGAGGAAGAUUGCACUGUGGAACAGCUCUCGGCGCUGAACAAGCGGGUGCACACGCUGGACCUGCCGCCGUAUGUGGACCUGGGGGUGUGGCAGCCCUACGGUCGCCGUGCGCUGCGGGCGAGCAAGUUUAGGGCGUGGUUCCCAGAUGGUGCCGGGGGAUACAUCGCGAAGGAGCUGCCGGGGCCGUCGUCGUGGAGCCAAUGGUUAGCUGCUUGGCGGCUCUACCCGACGGCCUGGCAUUUGGUGGUGUUGGCCGAUGAGAAGGCGAGGGGCGAGAAAUGGGCCCGAGUGCGUUUGAGGAUCAGUGCUGACAUCGCUGCGGGCAAAGGGGCGCCAGAGCUUUGGGAUGCCGAUCGGCCAUGGAUCGCCGCCUUGCAUCAGCUUGUGAAUGACACGGCUUUCUGGGAAGAUCAGGUCCGGUCGCCUGCUAACGCCUGGGUGGCUUCCGGUGGCAGGGGCACGCCCAAAGCGCCUGAGGAGAAGCGGGCGGCCAAGAAGCGCAAGAUUCAAGCCGACAAGGAGGAGCUCAAAGCUUGGCGUGCGUCCGCUGGCAGCAAGGGCAAGCAAGAGAACAAGGGCGAGAAAGCUGGCGUGCUCAAAGCCAAGGACCAGGCCGGCGAUGAUCUUUGCUUCAGCUGGGACGCGGCGAAGGGUCCCUGUGCUGGGUGUGCUCCGGGUGAUGGGUGCAAAGGCAAAGUCAAGAGAAUCCACAAGUGCAGGAUUUGCCUGAGCCCCGGCCAUCGUAGUCAGGGAGCCUACAUGGGCAUGACAGCCGGCGCUGCGCUGUGCUUUCUGCACUUGUUCAGUGGGGGACGUGAUAAACUAGGCGAGGCUCUCCUGAGUGAGGCCAAGGCGGCUGGGAUCGAGGUGACCGUCGAGGCCCACGACCUCUGCAAGGGAGAUGACCUCACGUCCCGAGAAUUCAUCUAUGGGCUACCGGGCAAUUCGAGGGCGCAACAAGAUGAAGCAGAUCGAGGCACGCUGCAUGCGGUCACCUCGGUGCAGAUUCUCGAGGCCGUGGAGGCGAGCCAAGCCGUGGACGGGAUGCAGAGGCCUGUGACCUUCGAGAAUCCGACCAUCCGCAGGUUCGUGGGAAAGUUGUCGGGGCUUGCUAGCCUCUCGGGCAGGUGCCAAUGCAGCAGAGGCGUCGAACACCCGAGAGUCGUCGGCGCCAACGCAGCCAAGGACUCAGCUGCCUACCCGAUUGCCCUCUGCCACCAAUAUGCAAAGUUGGUGGUGGAAACCUGGCUAAAGGAUAGACGGCAGCCCGGCAAGCGGGCAGCCGAGCCCGAGAUCACCGAGAAGCCCGAUAUCAUCGAAGAAGCGCACUGGAGUGGAGGACAGGGCGCUUUCGGGAGCCUCAGGGUGCAGGACACAAAGAAGGCCAGGAGAGAUCGCGAGAACAAGGAGGCCAUCGGCGGCAUGCGACGCCCCGUGUGGGCUUUGGAGCACGUCCCAGGCCUCAGGACAGUGGGGCAGGAGGUGAGCCGGAUCUUCGACAAGUUCGCGGCCAAGUUCCAGGGCGCAGCGCUCGCCGGGGAGCACUACGGCAUGGACGGCUUCAAGAUGACGUACGUGGACGAAUGGAAGAGCGAGCUGGACACACACUUCCGGGUGUGUUCAGAGCGCCCGGCCCUGCUGCUGAAGAGCCUUCUCCACUACGACACGCCAGUCCACGUGGCCUUGCUGGAGGCUUGGACGCAGCAGGCCAAGGACCCAGACCAGAUGGUGAUCGAGUGGCUUAAGCAUGGAGCACCGCUGGGCGCCAACAUGGGCAUACCCUCGGUGGGUAUCUUCCCGCCAAAGGGGGAGAAUCCCGAAGCGUGGGAAGAAGCCAAAGCCGAGACUCAGGCCUGGGAAACCAGGCAAAACUACCGCUCCUUUACCUCCAACCCCUUGGACUCGAACCAGGAAAUGGGAAGGCUCAUGGGCCUCGGAUACGUUAAGAAAAUAUCCGAGGAACAGGCGACCAACUACUUCUCCGGGGCCGUCGUCUCGAAAUUAGGGGCGAACCAGAGGGCCCGGUGUCCCGAGCGCAUCGUCCUGCCACGUCCGCAGGACGUAUACGCCAUGGCGGCCGACCUCAAAGCACAUGAGCCGCAACUUCUGGAGUGGUACCGGGCAGAGUCGCAGCCAACCGCGGAGUGGGGCUCGGAGCUCGUCGCAGCCGACCUGACAGACGCCUUCACCCACUUCCCGGUCCAUCCUUCAGAGCACGAGCAGUGCCUGUCACCAGUCGGAGACAACAAGAACUACUACGUCUUCGUGGCAAUGUUCUUCGGGCACAAAUGUGCCCCUUUGGUCAUGUGCCGCCUAUCCGCCUUGCUGACCAGGUUGGUGCAAGGCAUGUUUUGGCAAGCCGAAUUGCAGCUGGCCACCUACAUCGACGACCCACUCAUGGCCCUGGUCGGCUCACGUCAGCGACGCAUCCGCAACCUCAGCCUCAUCCUUCUGACUCUCGGGGCGUUGGGCAUCAGGCUGGCGUGGCAUAAAGGGGCCAGGGGAUGCAAAAUUACCUGGAUCGGGGUGAACUUCACCUUGCGAUGGCGGGAAGGAGUCUUGGACAACGAGGUUCCCGACAAACUUCGCGACGAACUGCUGGAGAAGCUGGAAAAGUGGGCGGUCUCCAUCGUCUACGGGGCCAUCACGGCACACGAGGCGGAGGUGAGAUCGGGGACUGAGGCGUCCCGAAGACCUGCCCGAGUGGAUAGCAGGCCAAAGGACCACUUGGUCCCCAUCAAGCGUUUCGAGCUGGCGCAGGCUUGGCUGGCUACGCUGCUCAAGGAAAGGCGCCCGAGGACCACAUUGUCCCUGUGGAAGCGACCGGAGUCCAUCAUGAUCGUGACGGAUGCGUCGCCGCAAGGGUGCGGGGGCUUGCUGCUGGUGCGCGCCACGGCGCAAUCCCCGUGGACUCCCCUCAAGGCCUACGAGUACCAGGUCGACCGUGAGGACGCUGAACUGCUGGGUUUCCACCACAAGUCACACAAGAGUCAAGGGUUCCUGGAGGCCCUGGCGAUCUUCUUGGCGUUGCGUGAGUGGGGCGCCCUGCUGGCAACCAUCAAGGUGGGGCUCGCCAUCCGCUCCGACUCCACAGUGGCUUUGGCAUUGCUUGAGAAGGCGGCCUCGUCGUCAGCUGCGCUCAACCUCCUCGCGGCAGAGAUGGCCUUGCUUCUUGAAAAGCUUCAGGUGGGCGAGAUAGCUCUCUCCCACGUGCCUGGCAAAAUCAAUGUUUGGGCAGACUGGUUGUCUAGACCGGACACCAGGGGUGUAAUGCCAAACCAGCUCCAAGGGGUCAAGACGGCCAAACCCAGCAAGCUCCGAAGGAGCGACUUUUCGCUUGGCUUAGCUCGGUCGCACGACGCCGCUGAGGCGGGAGCGUCCUGGGCUGCCCUUAAGGGCUAA